UUUUGAGCUUAGUUUAACCUCUUCUGGUGAGAGAGAAACAUGUCGGAGACUGUUCCAGUUCCCCCUGCUGCCCCCGCACCUGCGGAGAAAGCACCUGUGAAGAAGAAGGCGAAGAAGACAGGCGCUGCUGCGGGGAAACGCAAGACGACCGGACCCCCGGUGUCCGAGCUGAUCACCAAGGCCGUGGCCGCCUCCAAGGAGCGCAGCGGGGUGUCGCUGGCCGCGCUCAAGAAGGCGCUUGCUGCCGCCGGCUACGACGUGGAGAAGAACAACAGCCGCAUCAAGCUGGGUCUCAAGAGCCUGGUGAACAAGGGCACCCUGGUGCAGACCAAGGGCACCGGCGCUUCCGGCUCUUUCAAGCUCAACAAGAAGGCGGCUUCUGGGGAGGCCAAGCCCAAGGCCAAGAAGGUGGGCGCGGCCAAGCCUAAGAAGCCUGCGGGGGCCGCGAAGAAGCCUAAGAAGACAGCGGGCGCGGCCGCCCCUAAGAAGAGCGCAAAGAAGACCCCCAAGAAGGCGAAGAAACUCGCCGCGGCUGCUGGCGCCAAGAAGGUGGCAAAGAGUCCCAAGAAGGUGAAAGCGACGAAGCCCAAGAAGGCUGCCAAAAGCCCAGCUAAGGCCAAACCCUCUAAGCCUAAGGCUGCCAAAACGAAAGCUUCCAAGCCCAAGGCAACGAAGGCGAAGAAAGCUGCCCCAAAGAAGAAGUGAAGAUCCUAACCGUUCUUCAAAAAAUAUCAACGGCUCUUUUCAGAGCCACCCAAGUGUGUCAUUCGAAAGAGUUGAACACUUAACUUUUUAAAGGGAUGAGUUGAGUCUCGUUGCGUGCUUUGCUCUUGUCUCCUUAACUUGUAGGGUGCGAGUGCGCAUGGCCAGAAAGUCUGGCGGGGCUUUGCCAGUUACGGCGUUUUUCUCGUCUGGGAAGUUAGUCCCGAAAUGUGCUACACCCUGGGAACUGCUAGAUUUCCCCCUAUCAAGCAGGGCCCUGGCUUGGCCAGCUCUGGGCACGGUAUGGUACGCAUCUGCUUCAGUAAUUUUCAUAGCUCGGCUCCGCGCUGUGGUCUGGACCGGUUGGUAAUUGAUUACUUUUAAGAAGAUCUUGUUCUCUACUGCCGUGAGACGCUUAAGAAAUAACUAGACCUGGGAAUAAAUUUUGUUUUGCGCGCCUCGGAAUUUUGAGCGCAACUGGGCCAAUCAGAGGGAGGGAUGGUAACCUGUGGCUGUUUUUCCAAAGUAUUUUGUCAUUGGUGUGCAUCGCUGUGAAGUUGGCCAAUCAGGAUGUUCAACCAAUAUAUCCGGAGUUGUUGCAUUGGCAAGGUUUUCCCCAGAGAAAAUGUUACAAUCCACGCGAUUGAAGUAUUAACCCUGCGCAUGUAACUAAGAUGUGGCCACAGAAGCCCCUGCCGCUUGUCUUGACGUGUAUGUGUACUAGGAAGCCUGAGAGGCCUGGUAUUUUUUUUUCCUUCCUGAAAGUUUGGAUUUUUUUUUUUUUGAGGUUUUUCGAAUACUAGGUAUUCUCAUAUAAUCUGGAUAAUUAUCGCUACCACCGAGGUGCUGAGUAUGGCAAGAAAUUUAAAGACCAUUUCUGUAACUUUCCUAUCUAACCUUUUCUUUCCCAUCGACUGUUAAAGGCACCCGGGGAUCCGUGGUUAGCUGUUUCCCUCAUAUGUUGCAGAUAAAUUGGGUUAUAGUGUUUGCCAGAGGAUGGAUGAGUGAAGAUUGAAGGCAGCAUGGAAGAUGUGAGAGACAUUUUCAUCUUUUCUCUGCUGAUGGAGAGCACUUUUGUGUAGGGUAUAGGUCUGACAUACAAGUAACUUGUGGGCUUGACUGGGCCAGGGAUUCAGCUCAGUGGUUCCACUGCCUACCUGGCAAGCACAAGGUCCCAAGUUCAAUCUCAGGUACCAAAAAACACAACAACGAAAGAAAAUAACUAACUUGCAGAAACACUUUAAAGGCACUGCUUUGUUCCUUGGGCUUAGAAAUUGCCCGAGUUCUUUCAACUGGUGGAAGCUGAGUUAAUGUUAAUGUGUGGAGCUCUUAAUUUUUCUGUCACUCCCUUAAUAACUCAGGUUCUUUUUAUUUUUAUUUUUUUUGGUAACAGCAGGAUGUAAAGUUUUUUGAACCACUCCUGCUUCUCAUAAUUUUUUUGUUGCAGUUUUUGAGGCAAGGCCUUACUGCGUAGAUUGGGCUGGGCUGGCCUUGAACUCACUUUGUAGCUCAGGCUGACCUCAACCCUCGUGUUAUAAGAUAUCACCAAAAUGGUGCUAUUGCAUGAGUGAAAAGCACAGAGUAUUUUUUGCAAGAGAUUGGUCCAGUGGUGUUUAGGAUUUUCAUGUCUUAGUGAUAAAUAAUGGGGUAUUUCCAUAUGGUUUGAUUAAGACAAUAUUUAGGAAUGCUUAAAAGUUCCUUUUGAGUAUGUCAGCUGAAAAGUUGGAAAAGCUCAGUGUUUCUGUUGAACUGACAUUCAGAGGUUUGUCUGAGACUCAGUUAAUUGUUCCUUCAGUCUUUGCAGAUUAAACCUCAAUGAAAGCCAACAGAACUCCUCUGUGUCCUUCGUGAGCCACCUAAUAACCCACUAAGUCUUGGCCCAUCAUGGGCUUUGGGGUUUGUGCAAGACCUGGCACAAGAGGAUGCCAGCAAGCCUGGAAUAUCGGAGCUGACUCUAGUCCCAGCACCCUAGGAAGAUGGGGCAGAACAUGAUCAGAUGAAGCUUUAGGAUUACAGGUUGGAGCUCGGGUUGGGCAAUUUAGUGAUUUAGUUAGACUGUCUUGAAAAUGUAUAUAUAGCUCAAAUCAAAGACUCAGGGUUCUGUCCUAGUAAGGGGGUGUGAGUCCGGUCAGGUCCCAGCAACAAACUGGAGUAUAAUACCUAGUGAACAAGAAAACCGUGCCGUGGACCAAGAAGACCCUUGUGUCUUUGCACCCUUUACAAGCUUCUUGCAAAUCCAAGCCUUUUCAGUGUUGACAUCAUUAAGUGGCUGACCACAACUUGCUAAAAAGAAAGGGGAUGGUGAAGCCAAAGUGAUCAAAAUCAGAUUAACUACAGUUGAGGCUACAUUAAACGGCUAGAGUGGUAAAACCUACCAUGUGCCUAAGGGGAAAGGUGUUCAUCUAUUGAGGUGUUGAAACCUUAAUUCCAAAACUACUCCCAACCUUUACAGACAGGGUCAAUCAACCUCACUUGUAAAUUGUUUGCUUUGCAAAAACUACAGCUUUUUUCAGAGAAAGGAGUUGGCCCUGUAAAGAGCCUUUUGAGUUUGAAGUUGGUAUUUGGAGAACAAUUUAUGCCCUCUCCCCGUGGAUGCGAGGCGCGAGCUGGAUGUCCUUGGGCAUGAUAUUGACCCGCUUGACGUGGGUGGCGCACAGGUUGGUGUCUUCGAACAGCCCCACGAGAUAAGCCUCGCAGGCUUUCUGCAGCACCAUGACGGCCGAGCUCUGACGGUUGAUCUUGAAGUCCUGUGCGAUCUCGCACACCAGGCGCUGGAAUAGCAGUUUGCAGAUCAGCAGCUUGGACUUCUGGUAGCGGCGUAUUUCGUGCAGCGCCACAGUACAGCCCAGGUAGCAAUGCGGCCUUGCGGGAAGCCUUGGUGGCCAGCUGCUUGCGUGGGACCUUGCCGCCGGUGGAAUUGGGAGCGAUUUGCUCAGUGUGAGCCAUGAAGCAAACAGAAACGCAGCAGAUGGAACGCUGGCUGGGUCCUCUCUAUACAGGAAUGAGUCACUCUGGAUUUGGGAGCAUUUCUCAGUGGUGGCUAACUUCCGCUAGUGCCCAGAGCGAUUUAAGCUUGGUUGAUCCUUUUAAUGCAGUUUUUGAUGGUUUAAUUUCAGUUACAAAGACCCAUAAAGAUCAGCUUCUAACCUGCAGAUUUCUUUAUUAAUGUUUUCUAUCCUUGAGCGGUAAACAUGAGUACACUAAUCAUACAACUUGAUAUAUUUGCUUUUUCAUCUGUUUGGUUUUAAAAGAAUGUUUGAAAGAGACAGUGCUUAUAGAUUUAAGUUUCCAAAAACACCUGCUGGUCUUUCCUACUUAACUACUGUUUUCCUUCCAGCAUUUUUUCUUUCCAGGGCUUGAUAUACAGAGCUUUCAUAAGCAUGGGCAAGGCUGAGGUUCAUGGCAGCACUGUUCCUGGCAUGGGGGGAGGGUGAACAAAACCCAAGUCACCAGCAGAGGUUGUCUCUUUUCAUGGGCCUUAGUUUAAUUUUAUUUGACUAGAUAACUAAUUCUCUGCAACACAAUUUUGCAUAAUGUUCUGUUCAAAAGUAAGGAAUUUUGAUUCUCAUUCCAGGUACAAGUAACAAAAUUUGAGUCCCUUGUCCUUUAACAUCUGGUUUGAAGCAAAGGGACAAUUUGUUAUUGUGGCUUUUUUUUUAUUUAUUUGAAAAAUCUACAUGAUGGCAAUAUCAGACAGGAAAACAUUUCUUCAGUGGACAACCUUGAAGGAGAUGGCAGGGAAGAGUCUCCUAUUUAUUUAUGAGCCCAGAGUAGCAUAAAGUCUCAUCGUUUUUGCCAGAGACACCCUGGGGUGUUCUGGACGAUUUGUGACUGGCAGAGCUUCUCUUGGGAUUUGGACCUUCCCAGAUCAGACAAUUUUUUCCCCCUGAUUUUUAGGUCCAAUGUGACAGUUCCCAGUUCUUUUCAAACUACAAAAAACAAAACAAAACAAAACAAAAAACUAGAGAGAGAGAGAGAGAGAAAAGAUUUUCUCAUUUACAUUCUGAUAAUCUGGCUAAUUUGCUGUAAUCAGUGAUUACAUUUAUAAGUCCUUGAUCUUGUACACCUACAGUAUAUACAGCAACUUUGUGAUUGUCUUUGGAGGUCUGUACCUUUUUCUGUUCUACCAAAUAGCAACAGUUCCUAAAAGGACUGUGAAUAAAGUGAUGAGGAAAGAUGGCAAAAACAGAUGCUACAUGUAGUAAGUAGUGCUAUUUGUGUAGGUGCAUGAGGUACGAAAGCAGGUGGUUUGUCAAAAUCUUCAGGCCUACCAUGGGUGAUGCACCUCUCCUGGCACAUUCCAAGGAACAGAGGACCAUCUUGUCCAGAGACAUCCAGAUGUCGUUUACUGCCAGGCUAGAUGCCCAGAUACCCUAUGUUUGAGAUUUCCAAAUUUGUCACCAAAGUCACAUCUUCAAAUAAACUUUUCUCUUGAUCUUACUGCUUAGAGAUUCUUAUCAGAACCACCAACUUUUGUUAGUUUCAUUCUCACAGCAACAUAUUUUCCUAUUGUGUCUUGUAAAGAUGUUUUGUUUCAUUUCUGCACUUUAUCUAUUGUAAAUAGAGUAUGUAGGAAACAAUUUUUUUGGGGGUACUGGGGAAUCAAACUCAGGACCAUGUGCUUGCAAGGCAGGCACUGGAAUCACUGACUUAAAUCUCCGGCCCUGAAACAUAUUGAGAGUGUGUGAUUUACUUCAACUUUUCAGUUGAGCAAGGAUGUUUAACACAUAAUUGUAUGCAGUAGGAAAAGUAUGGAAUGUAGCUAUACUGUGUACCUAAAAAGUACCAAUAAACUCAAUGAAAAAAAGCAUUGAGACAAAUUUUCUAGUGUUGCUAAAUUUUUUUUCUGUUUGGAUAUUAUAAGCUUUAGUUGAUGUUCUAAAUAUAUGAAUGUCCUCAAACUUGUCCCAUAGGUAGAUUUUAAUGUAAUUUUACUGUGGCCACAUGUGGCUUUUAAAGUGGCCUAAUACUUUUACUUAUUCCUGGUUUCAAAUACAGUGCCCACAUUGUGGUUGUAUCUGUUUUACAGAUUAAAAGCCACAUUUUAUGAAGGUGAUAUGCCAGUUCAUAGAGCAGAUGAUGGAGUAGGCUGGGGUGGUUCUUUCCUGUUCUUUGACUUGAAGGUUUA